AUGGCAUUUGCCGUAAAUACUUCACCUUUCCUCCUAAACCCUCUCGAUUCCUCAGUGCUCUCUCCUCCCCAACACCUCGCCGCACAGAAUCCCAUCUCAACCGAUUGUACGAAUCCCAAGCAGGUUUUGCGUUUGGGUCUUCGUGGAGCAGGCGCCGCCUCCGUGAAGUGCCGGGCCACCGCCGAGAACAGAGUUAUGUCCGGCGAUAGAAUGUUGGUUUUUGUGCCGCCACAUCCACUAAUCAAGCACUGGAUUUCAGUUCUUAGGAAUGAGCAGACGCCAUGCCCCAUCUUCAGGAAUGCUAUGGCCGAGCUCGGGAGGUUUCUCAUUUACGAGGCAUCAAGAGACUGGCUGCCGACUAUCACUGGAGAGAUUUCUUCACCAAUGGGUGCUGCUUCUGUGGAAUUUAUCGAUCCAAGAGAACCCAUUGCUAUUGUUCCCAUACUGAGAGCUGGCCUUGCUCUUGCCGAGAAUGUAUCUUCUGUUCUUCCAGCAACAAGCACGUACCAUUUAGGGAUUAGCAGGGAUGAAGAAACACUUCAGCCGACUGUAUAUCUGAACAAAUUGCCCAAAGAAUUCCCCAAAGAUGCUCGAGUAUUUGUUGUGGACCCCAUGCUUGCAACAGGUGGUACAGUGGUGGAAGCUAUUCAACUGAUAAAAGAUCGAGGGGUUGAUGACAACAAGCAAAUUAAAGUGGUUUGUGCUGUUGCUGCUCCUCCUGCACUUCAGAAGUUGAGCGAGAAAUUUCCCGGGCUUCAUGUAUAUGCUGGAAUUAUCGACCCUACUGUUAAUGACAAAGGGUUCAUAAUCCCGGGACUCGGGGAUGCUGGUGACCGUAGCUUUGGCACGUAA